AUGGCAGAAUCACUUGUUGAACCUUGUACAACCUCUUAUCCCCUUAAAGUUUCAAUCUUUAUCCUAUUCUUCUUGAUUUUCCCUUUCUUGAACCCAUUUUCAUCUGCAUUUCCUCUUUCUCAUGAUACUAAUGCAACUGGGGUGUUCAAUCUUGAAACAGAAGAGGACAUGGGUUUGCUUUUGUUCUUCAAGUUACAGUUUCAAGAAACCCCUUUAUCAAGCUGGGAUGUUAGUGUUCCUCUGUCAAACUGGACUGGUGUUACCCGGUCUAACCAGACAGGGCGGGUCACUGGACUUAACCUCACAAGGUUUAACUUGUCAGGACAGGUUCAUCCUUGUUUGUGUAAUCUUACUUUUCUUGAAACCCUUGUGUUGUCUCAUAAUAGCUUUAACAAUUCAAUACCUUCUUGUUUAUGGAAGUUGUGGAGUCUUAAGACCUUAGAUCUUAGCUAUAAUAUUUUUACUCUUCUUGUUCCUAGUACAUUUGCAGCAACUAUGAGUAAGUUAAUUGAGCUUGACCUUAGUCAUAACAUGUUGAGUGGUGAAAUCCCAAUGUGGAUAGGGAAUGUCUCAAUGUCACUUGAAAAACUCAACUUGGGGUUUAAUAGUUUUCAUGGGGAUAUACCUAAGAGCUUGUUGAAUUUGAUGUCUUUGAAGUAUCUUGAUUUGUCUCAUAAUAGUUUGAUGGGAAAUGUGGGUGAUUUUAACCAAGAAUUGGUCACACUUAAUCUUGAGUCUAAUUUGUUAUCGGGUACUUUGCCUUGUUUAUAUUCGUCAAGAGAAUCACUUACACUUCUUAAUUUAGCAAACAAUUCGAUUCUUGGAGGUAUACCAACGUGUCUCUCGAGUCUUGGGGGUUUGACACAGCUCAACUUGUCACACAAUGAAUUACGAUAUGGUAUCUCGCCUAGACUGGUUUUUUCAGAGAGGUUAUGUUUGUUGGACUUGAGUUAUAAUGAGCUAUCAGGGAAGAUUCCAAGUAGGAUUGUCGAGGCAUCGGACAAGUCUGGACUACUACUUCUUGACCUGUCUCACAAUCAGUUCUCUGGUAAUAUUCCUGUAACGAUAACAGAAUUGAAGAGCUUGCAAGCGUUGUUUCUGUCUUAUAAUCUUCUUGUGGGCGAAAUACCAGAAAGGAUUGGUAAUUUGACCUAUCUACAGGUGAUUGAUCUCUCACAUAACUUCCUCACUGGCUCGAUUCCUUUGAACAUUGUAGGAUGUUUCCAACUACUGGCGCUGAUACUAAACAGUAAUAAUCUUUCUGGGGAAAUUCAGCCAGUGCUUGACGCGUUGGAUAGUCUAAAGAUAUUUGAUAUAGGAAACAACAAGAUUUCUGGUGAGAUCCCACUGACAUUGGCAGGCUGCAAGUCGUUGGAAGUUGUUGACUUAAGCUCUAACAAUCUCUCAGGAUCUCUAAAUGAUGCAAUAACCAAAUGGUCAAACCUCAAAUUCCUCUCCCUUGCUAGGAACAAGUUCAGUGGAUCUCUGCCAAGUUGGUUGUUUACAUUUCAGGCUAUUCAUACUCUAGAUUUUUCUGGAAACAAAUUCUCAGGAUAUAUACCAGAUGGUAACUUUAACACUAGUCCAAAUUUCUACAACGGCGACAUUAGGAAAACCAUUUCUGCAGUACCAUCAAUUUCAGCUCGAAGCCUGGAUAUCAAACUUUCACUCGUUGCUGAUGAAACUAGUUUGAGCUUCAAGUAUAACCUCACAACCACAAUUGGAAUUGAUCUGUCUGACAAUUUGCUUCAUGGUGAAAUUCCAGAAGGUCUGUUCGGAUUACAUGGUCUGGAGUACCUUAACUUGUCAUACAAUUUUCUUAAUGGUCCAGUUCCAGGGAGUUUAGGGAAGUUGCAGAAGCUAAAGGCACUUGAUUUGUCACACAAUUCUUUAUCUGGCCACAUCCCUGAAAACAUUACUUCCCUCAGAAAUUUGACAGUUUUAAAUCUUUCAUAUAAUUGUUUCUCUGGUGUUAUUUCGACAAAACGAGGUUAUUGGAAAUUUCCUGGAGCAUUUGCUGGCAAUCCAGACUUGUGUAUGGAAUCAUCUGGUAAUGUCUGUCAAAGAACUUUGCCUGUAAAGCCAGGGAAGAAAUUUGAAGAGGAAAUGGAAGAGGGACCAUUAUCAGUUUGGAUUUUCUGUAUAAGUGCUUUAGUUAGCUUCUAUGUUGGCGUUGUCGUUUUAUUUUGUUCAUCUCGAACAAGAAGCUGUAUUCUGCAAACAAAAAAUUUAGCAGGUUGA